CUCCUGACAGCUUUGGGAAUUUUUGCUGGCUGAGCUAGCUAGAAGAGUUGGAAUUUCCGUGGAAGGUGCUCUUGCUCUGUUACCUAUCUGAUCGCCUCCUGCUGUCUAUAUCAUCUUUGCGAAUUGCGACGAGCAAAGAGCUAUCUUGAGGUGUCCCUGAGUAGCGACAUCUAACCGCACGACAACGUAACGAUUAGCAACCCAUCGACGUGUCGCCGGUACCGAAUAUCCCAGAUCCACUUCCAAAACAGUCGAAUUUCAUACAUCGCUACGCCGCAGAACACUCCAUCAGACAACCCUCAUAGCAAAGAUGCGACGCACCGCCCUCCUCACCGCCGCAACGGCGCUGCUCACUACCACAACCUCCACAACCGCACAAUCCACGGCCUCCACAUCAUCAAAACGCGGCCUCGUCUACGUCCCUUCUGAUGGCCACCCAGACGACGACAAGAUCUGGACAACCGGCCCAUCGCCUCCAACAUGGUACUACAACUAUCAAAAAGACCCUUCAUCCGCCUACAAAGGCAACCCAGACAUGCAAUUCGUCCCCAUGCUCUGGGGCGCCUCUGACAGCGACACCGGCACCCCGUUCCUCGACUCCGUGAAGCAGCAGAUCAAAGACGGAGCCAACAUAACAGCCGUUCUCGGUUUCAACGAACCCGACGGCGGCCACUCCACCGGCGGCUCCAACCUCGCCGUCACCACCGCAGCCGCGCGCUGGAAAGCCGAAAUCGAGCCCCUCAAGGAACUCGGCAUCAAAUUAGGUGCACCGGGUGUCACAGGUGCGGAAUCCGGAUGGCAGUGGUUGGAAAACUUCUUCAACGAGUGCGAUGGCGGGUGCAAUCCCGAUUUUAUCCCUGUGCAUUGGUAUGGCAACUUUGAGGGUAUGAUGAGCCAUAUUGGACGCGUUACGACGAUGUGGCCCAAUAUGACGGUUUGGGUCACGGAGUAUGGAUACCCGAAUCAGCCGCUCGAGGAGACGCAGAGUUUUUAUAACAUGAGUGCGCAGAGCUUUGAUAGUUGGCCGAACAUCACACACUACUCCUACUUCGGCGCUUUCCGCUCCGACGUCAGUAAUGUCGGCGCGAACGCUGCUAUGCUUACCCAGGACGGCGAGUUGACGGAUAUCGGGUCGUGGUACAUGGGCGGUGCGGCUACGAACAAUGUUCCUGAGGCUUCGGGCGCGUCGGCGAUGGGAGCUGCACCGGCUACCUUUGCCCUCAGCUUGGUGGCGAUGUUGUUCUCGUACUUCGCUUAAGGCUGUGAAGAGAUCUCUUGAUUGGUACACUGGCUACGUGGACUGUUCGACUCGGAGUCUUGGCAGGAGUGAGUAUGGAACUGCUUUCCAGUGUGGAAUGGCAUGCUGAUGAGAUGUAGCCAGUUAGCAAAGGGCUCAUGAAAGAA